AUGGCUGCCCCUCCAAACCCAGUUUUCAGGUUCAAUCGUGAGACGUGUUCCAUAAAGGUAGAAAACGUAGCGGAAUCAGUCACCAGACAGGAAAUUGCCGAUUUAUUCGCCACAUUGAUAGGCGACGUAAGCAAAUGCGAUGAAUCCAUGGACGGAGCACGCAGAGUUGUCGGGCUGACUUUCAGGACUCACGAUGCUGCACAGAAAGCAUUGUGCAUGUCUGGUUACAAUGUGGCCGGUGUCCCCUUGGUCGUUACCGCUUGUCUCCCUUCCGAUAACCAGAAAGUCGCUAGACAGGGAAAACAAGGAGAUGGUCGACGCAACUUAUAUGUUUUGGGGUUGCCUUUUGAUCUUACAAAGUCUGAGUUCGUCGAUAUCUUUUCUCGCUAUGGGACUGUGGCCCACGCCGUAAUUCUGGCUACUGUUGACAAUGCCUCUCGUCGACGUGGAUUCGUCGUGAUGAGCAGCUUUAGUGAAGCUAGAGCUGCCAUGGACGGUCUAAGUCGCAGGGAAAUCAAGGGUCAUACAAUUGACGUUUCAUGGGCCGUGGUUCAGCGUUCGCAAGGUUUUCUUGAUGGUGGAGACCGAACAACGGUGCUUGCUAGCCAAUCACCUUCACCUUCACCCUCUCCCUUUGAGUUUCGUUCUCUUACCUCCAGUCCGUCUUCUGGGCAAGUACCAGUCAUGCCGACGCCUCAGCAAGAAGCUCCUCUCUGCGAUGUCACUGCUCCUUUGACUAGUCUUCUGGUUACUAAUCUGCCUGCUGUCCUAUUCUCUCAAAUAUCCGACCUGAAGCCUUUGUUUUACCCUUAUGGCGACAUCCAAAAACUGGACAUCUUGGGCUCUGGCGGCUUCAAUCUGAACCAGGACGAUAUCUCAGUUGUUGUGGAGUAUGCGACUGUAGCUCAAGCUCGAGACGCUCAAAAUGCACUUCACGGCCAGCUUUACUCCAAUAAUCCUGUGAAAGUUGAGUUCCUGAAAAAAUCUAAGAAUGAAACCCCUGCUGUCCCGCUUCCCAGUCGCAUGGAGACUAAAACAGGCUUGAAUCCUCGCGCGGCACCAUUUGUAGCGCCGACUGGUCAAUCUAUGGGUGCUGUGCUUAAUUCUGCGACCUUCGACUCAAGCUUCUCUCGGGGGCAUGCUGUCCCUAAUGUUUCUAAUGGUUUACUUGCUGUCAAUUCCUAUGCUCUUCCUCCAUAUGCGACACCUCCUGGCUUACAUAGCCACCUGUACCCUUCUGUGGAUGAUAAUUUACGGCCCAACUCAGCGCCCUCCCCCUGGGCGGAGCCCACUCAGCACUUGCGCCCCGGUCACUGGGCGUUCUCUCAACUCCAUCACUUUCCCAACUCGUCGACACCUUCCUUGGGACAGACUUUCACCACUUGA